CAACGGAAACGUGAAGCGGCAGUCUUGGCAAAGAAGAUUGAAGCUCUUGAAGCCUCAAAACAGAAGCUCUUGGGUGAAGAACUAGAGUCAUGCUCAUCGUCAGAACUGCACGAACUAGAAGGCAAGAUAGAACAAAGCUUGCGCAGCAUCAGAGCAAGGAAGUAUCAUUUACUAAAAGAGCAGAUUGCAAAGCUCAAAGUGAAGGAGAGUUCAUUGGUGAAGGAGAAUGCAUUACUACAUGAAAAGUGCAAGCUACUGCCUCAGAUACCGUCAGCUGGUUCCAAGGAAUUUCCACCACGAAGCACACUUGGGCAACAAACUGAAGUAGAGACGGAGCUGCGCAUUGGGUGUCCAGGGAAAGGAACCCAUGGCAUGUCUUCUCAUUUGUAUACAAAUCAGUGACAUGCAUGCAUACGAUGAAUAGCCAUCUGAUGAAUAGAUUUAUCUAAUUCUUCUCAUCAGAGUGUGCAAUGUUCAAAAUAGGACUGCUGAACUGGUAUGGAUGUUGCCCUUUCAGCUACCAUAUAUGAGAACCAACAAUGAAGCAUAUUAUUGCUUUCUGAA